AUGGGCUCAACAUCCUCUGGAGAUGUCCUUCCUAAUCAGCCCUUGGACUUGACGGUCCUGGGCUUGAACAGUGGUACAUCUAUGGACGGCAUUGAUUGCGCGCUCUGUCGGUUUCGUCAAGAGACACCAACCUCUGCCAUGCAUUUCGAGUUACUAAAGUAUGGCGAAAUCCCACUUGAACCAGUCAUCAAGAAACGUGUAAUGAACAUGAUUUUGCAUAAUAAAACCUCGCCUUCGGAACUAUCAGAGGUGAAUGUCAUCUUGGGUGAAACAUUUGCUUCCGCCGUGCAUCAGUUCUGCAAAGGUUAUCAUGUCGAGAUCAAUUCAAUCGAUGUCCUCGGAUCCCAUGGCCAAACGAUAUGGCUACUUUCUAUGCCGGAACCAGGCGAGACACGGAGCGCUUUGACAAUGGCCGAGGGGUGCUUUCUCGCGUCUCGCACUGGUAUCACAACGGUAACCGACUUUCGCGUGAGUGACCAAGCUGCAGGACGCCAGGGGGCCCCGCUCAUUGCCUUUUUCGAUGCUCUGCUGUUACAUCAUCCCACCAAGCUCCGUGCGUGUCAGAACAUCGGUGGGAUUGCCAACGUUUGCUUCAUUCCACCAGACACACAUGGCGGGGUCGAUGAAUGCUACGACUUUGACACGGGCCCAGGCAAUGUUUUUAUCGACGCCGUGGUGCGGCAUUACACCAAUGGAGAGCGUGAAUAUGACAAGGAUGGUGAGAUGGGUGCUCGGGGUACGGUGGACCAAGAGAUUGUGGAUGACUUUUUGAACCACCCAUACUUUGCUUUGGAACCACCCAAGACCACGGGUCGGGAAGUUUUUCGAGAUACACUCGCUCACGAACUUAUCCGCAAGGCAGAAGCCAAGGGUCUGAAGCCGGACGACGUCGUUGCCACCAUCACUCGUGUCACUGCGCAGGCUAUCGUGGACCACUAUCGUCGUUAUGCCCCAAAGGAUCUCGAGAUAGAUGAGAUCUUUAUGUGCGGUGGCGGAGCCUUCAAUCCUAACAUCUCAGCGUUCAUUCAAGAGAACUAUCCCAAAACAAAGAUAUUUAUGCUGGAUGCCGCUGGCAUUCCUGGUGGUGCGAAGGAAGCGAUCACGUUUGCUUGGCAGGGUAUGGAAGCCGUAGUAGGUCGCUCCAUCCCUGUUCCAACUCGCGUUGAGACUCGUCAGGAAUAUGUUCUGGGCAAAGUGGCACCUGGAAAGAACUAUCGCAAAGUUCUACGUCAGGGUAUGCUUUUUGGGGCCGGUCACGAUCAUCUUCCGCCCGUGAAGGACUUGGUCAACUAUGUAAGUGGGGAAGCUUUCGACAACAAGUGGUAG